AUGACUACAACUACAACAUUUCAUUCAAUAUUUAGAUCGAUAUACAUUAGACAAUUGAUAUUCAACCAAAUAAGUAGUAUAUCAAAACAAUUGUAUAAUGAUGGUAGUUUUAGUGAUGAUAUUAGACAACGACGAUCAUUAAAGGGUAGAGAUAUCAUCAAAUUACCUUGUUUCGAUAUGAUAUCAAUCUUUGCAAUGCCUUGGCAGUUUCUAUGUCAUUAUCUACCUAAAGUGAUCAUAGGUGACGCUAAGUGGAUACAACUAUUAUAUCAAAGAAAAAGAAAGUUGAAUCAAUAUUGUCAACAUCCCAAUGCAACAAUUGGUACACUCGUUCAUCUAUUGGAAUGGUCUCGAGUGGACUUUGAUUAUUAUCUCACUGAACCAAAUAUUAUAGAAAGGACCACAAAACGAGAUAUAUUGGAAUAUAUGGUCAAGAGAUGUCUUGGUCGUAGUGGAGAGUAUAAAACACUUCUUUCAAAAGCUAUGGAGGUGGCGUGUAUGAAUGGGUAUCUAGAGAUUGUCAAGUUGAUAGGCCCCAUCAAAGACAUAAAACUAGACACAACAGCAAUGGACAAUGCUUGUAGUAACGGAUUCAUUGACAUUGUAAAGUAUUUACACGAAAAUAGAACUGAAGGUUGUACUACAAAUGCUAUGGAUAACGCUGCAAAUCAUGGUCAUUUAGAAGUUGUAAAGUUUCUUCAUUUAAAUAGAACUGAAGGAUGCACUGAAAAUGCAAUGGAUUUUGCAGCAAUGAAUCACCAAUUUGAGAUUGUAAAGUUUCUUCAUUUUAAUAGAACUGAAGGUGCAACUGCCAGUGCUAUAGAUAUGGCAGCUGAUAAUGGUGUCUUGGAUAAUGUAAAGUUCCUUUCUGAGCAUCGUAGUGAAGGUGCAACUACAAAUGCUAUGGAUUGGGCAUCUUCAAAUGGUCACUAUGAAGUUGUAAAGUAUCUACAUGAGCAUCGUAGUGAAGGUGCAACCACCAAUGCUAUGGAUAUGGCAGCUCAAAACGGCCACUUUGAAAUUGUAAAGUUUCUACAUUUCAACAGAAGUGAAGGUGCAACAACCGAUGCUAUGGAUUGGGCAGUUGGAAAUGGCCACAUUGAUAUAGUCAAGUUCCUUUACGAGUAUCGAGGUCAAGGUGCAUCAACUGAUGCUAUGGAUUUAGCAGCUGAAAAUGGCUACAUUGAAAUUGUACAGUUUCUUCUACCAUUAUAG